AGAGAUUUAAUCUGGCCCUCUGCCCCACUCUACUGUCACUUCAGCAUCUCGAGGUCUGAGCAGUCAGGGGUCCACACAGCUGUGAGAUUAUGGCACCAGCAAAAAAGGGCAUCCUUGAACGUCUCAAUGCUGGUGAGGUGGUGAUUGGUGAUGGAGGAUUUGUGUUUGCUCUGGAGAAGAGGGGGUAUGUGAAGGCCGGACCAUGGACCCCCGAAGCUGCUGUACAGUACCCUGAUGCAGUGCGACAGCUGCACAGGGAGUUCCUGAGAGCCGGGUCCAACGUUAUGCAGACCUUUACAUUCUACGCCAGUGAUGACAAACUUGAGAACAGAGGCAACAACCUCAAACUGACUGGAGCUCAGAUCAAUGAGGCUGCCUGUGAUUUAGCCCGUGAGGUUGCCAAUGAGGGUGAUGCUCUUGUUGCUGGAGGAGUGUCCCAAACUCCAUCUUACCUGAGCUGCAAGAGCAAGGCAGAUGUGAAGGCCAUCUUCAGAAAACAGUUGGAUGUGUUCAUCAAGAAAAAUGUGGACUUCCUGAUUGCUGAGUACUUUGAGCAUGUUGAAGAGGCCGUGUGGGCUGUGGAGGUGAUGAAGGAGACAGGGAAGCCUGUGGCUGCUUCUCUGUGUAUUGGACCAAAGGGGGACAUGCACGGUGUCUCACCCGGAGAGUGUGCAGUCAGGCUGGUGAAGGCUGGUGCCCAGAUUGUGGGAGUCAACUGUCACUUUGACCCCAUGACCUGUGUGGAGACCGUGAAGCAGAUGAAGGAGGGAGUGGUGAAGGCUGGUCUGAAGGCUCACUACAUGGUUCAGCCGCUGGCAUACCACACUCCUGACUGCAACUGCCAGGGAUUUAUCGACCUGCCAGAGUUCCCCUUCGGCCUGGAGCCCAGGAUUCUGACUCGCUGGGACAUGCACAAGUAUGCCAGAGAAGCUUACAAUGCUGGCAUUCGCUUCAUUGGUGGCUGCUGUGGCUUUGAGGCUUAUCACAUUAGGGCUAUAGCAGAGGAACUGGCACCUGAGAGAGGCCUCCUUCCAAGUGCAUCAGAGAAACAUGGCUCCUGGGGUGCUGGUCUGGAAAUGCACACCAAGCCUUGGGUCAGAGCCAGAGCCCGACGGGAUUACUGGGAGAACCUGAAGCCAGCCUCCGGUCGUCCCCAGUGUCCCUCCAUGUCUGUCCCUGAUUCUUGGGGUGUUACCAAGGGCCAUGCUGAUCUGAUGCAGCAGAAAGAGGCAACCACUAAAGAAGAACUCGAACAGCUGUUCGACAAAUCAAAAACCCACUGAGUCAGUCUGUUUCAGACUCAGCAGCCGGCAUAAACGGAACAGCUGCGUACAGAGCUACUGAUGUGCAGCAGUCCAUAGUAUCUAUAUACAGUGCUUCAUCUAACAAACAUAGUGUCAGUUGUCGUGACAUUAGCACUGUUAUGUGUAUCUUUAGACUGUAAAAUUGGGGCCACAGCAUCUCAAAAGUGGGAGCUGACCCAGUAAACCCAGUAAAAGUGACCAGUUUGGUUUCUCCGACCAUGGACUACUUUGUUUAAUAUCUAAUAAAAAAGAUAAAACACAAA